AUGCUAUACACUGAACAAGCACCUUCUGCUUGGUUGAACUUCGCUUUAUGUGGUUUGGUUGGGAUUAUGACGGCAUAUAUUUUUGUCUGGAUUACAAAGUAUUACACUGACUACAAGCAUGAGCCUGUACGCACAUUAGCUCUUUCUAGCUCAACUGGGCAUGGAACUAAUAUUAUUGCUGGAGUUAGUUUGGGUCUGGAAUCAACAGCCCUUCCUGUCCUUGUGAUAAGCAUAGCAAUUGUUUCGGCUUACUGGUUGGGUCACACUUCUGGGUUGGUGGAUGAAUCUGGAAGCCCAACUGGUGGGUUGUUUGGGACAGCCGUCGCAACUAUGGGAAUGCUCAGUACAGCAGCAUAUGUACUCACAAUGGACAUGUUUGGUCCAAUAGCUGAUAAUGCAGGUGGAAUAGUUGAAAUGAGUCGGCAGCCUGAAAGCGUUCGAGAGAUCACCGAUGUUCUCGAUGCUGUUGGAAAUACUACAAAAGCUACCACCAAGGGGUUUGCCAUUGGAUCUGCAGCCCUUGCAUCUUUUCUUCUAUUUAGUGCUUAUAUGGAUGAAGUAGCUACUUUUGCAAAUACAAAAAUAGACACAAAAACCAAAACAUCGACCGAGCAACAGAAACUCACAAUCUUAAAGAGUUGCUAUGCUGCGCUCAAAUUAGUGUUUUACAAUAGCGUGUUCUCUACGCAGCACGGUGACGAGAGAGAUGAGAGAGCGGGGCGACGUGACAUGCGGCAAAGAGAGAGAUGGGAGAUGGAAAAAGGGAGACGGCAGAGCGGCGUGGCUUCACAACCAAGAGCGCUGCACGAUGGCGGCGCUUGGAGGUGGUCUCCAGUAGUGACAGUGAUCCAUGUGUGA